GGUAGAAGUGGGUGGGAGGAGCACGGAGGGGGUCGCGUGGGGUGGGGGCCUUGCUACUGGGAUCUGGCCGUCAGCCUUGCGCCCCUGCUUUGGCCGGGGCCGAUGAAUUACUGGGCUAUUUGCAGAGUUUGUAGUCUUCCCACCUGAACGUAAAACUCCUUGAAAGUCAGCACGUGGCGAAGAAACAUGAGUUCGAUCUUGAGCUCAAGUCAAGGCAGUGAUGUUGAAACGGAGACCUGGAUGGGGACUACGAGGUCCAGGGUCGCCGCGCAGCCUCUGUGUGAUGGACUGUUGAUAGUGAAAAUGGAGGAAGACGCCCCCGGAGGUCUGGAGUCUGACCCAGCCCUGAGCAGUCAAGAUCCCGAAACUUCCCGGCGGCAUUUUAGGAAGUUCCGUUACCAGGAGGUGGCUGGACCCGAAGAGGCGCUGAAGCGGCUCAGGGAACUCUGUCGGGGGUGGUUGAGGCCUGACAUGCACUCGAAGGAGCAGAUCGUGGAGCUUCUCGUAAUGGAGCAGUUCCUCACCAUCCUGCCCCAGGAGCUCCAGGCCUGGGUGCGGAAGCACUGCCCCGAGAGCGGGGAGGACGUUGCGGCUGUGGUGCGGGCUCUUCAGAGACCGCUUAAUGGCCCUUCGGCGCAGGGGUUGGUGACGGUGGAGGAUGUGGCUGUGACUCUAACCUGGGCAGAGUGGGAACGUCUGGACCCAGCUCAGAGGGACUUCUACAGGGAGAGUGCACCAAAACCGUGGCACUCCCCCAGAAACACAGUCUCCCCGAGUAAGUGCUGUGGCUGGCUUGUUUCUGCCUGUGUUUGUGAUGCUCUUGGUUCUGUGCGACCCGGAGGCCUUCUGCUGGUCACAGGUUUGGAAACCAGAACUGAGAACAAAGAGUUGAUUCCAAAGCAAGAAACUUUAGAAGUAGAGUCACAGGAGCAGCUACAAGAAGGGCCUGUUUGGAAGAUGCCCAUACUUUCUGAGUGUGGAAAUACUUAUGAGGAUGGAGUAGAAAAACUGUCAGGAAACCCUUCAUCACUGAAACUUGAACAUUCUCCUCAAGAGCAAAGAGUUGCCAAUAUGUCAGGCCUCAAGAAUGAUUCCACAGAAGAGGGAGACUACAAAAGUGAUGAAUUUGGAAACAGCAACAGAGGUUCAGACUUGCUUCUUUGUCAGCAUGUCCAGAUAGCAGAGAGGCCCAGCGAUGGUGUCAGACAUGAGGACAGUUGCAAACAGGGUUUAGACAUGGUGAAACAUCAAGUGGGGAAACCUCACAAACCCGUGGACAGGGAGGCACAUAUCCAUGGCUCAGGCCUUUUUGAAGCCCAGAGGCAGGUUCGUGAGGAAAGGCCUUAUAAGUGCAAUGACUGUGAGAAAAGAUUCAAACAGCGCUCUGACCUCUUUAAACACCAGAGGAUCCACACUGGGGAGAAACCCUACAAAUGCAGGGAAUGUGGGAAGAGCUUCAGUCAGAGUGCUGCCCUCAUUAAACACCAAAGGACACAUACAGGUGAGAAGCCAUACACAUGUCCCAAAUGUGGGGAUAGCUUCAGACAGAGCUCACAUCUCAAGAGGCACCAAAGAAUCCACAUAGGGGAGAAACACUAUCAAUGUAAUGAGUGUGGGGAAACCUGCCGUAUUUCUAACCGUUUUAGACACCAGCGAAUACAUAAAGGGGAGAGACCCUACACAUGUGAACAGUGUGAGAAGAGCUUCAAACGCUGCUCUGACCUCUCCAAACACCAGAGAAUCCACACUGGGGAGAAACCAUAUGGAUGUUCUGUCUGUGGGAAACGCUUCAGUCAGAGCGCAACCCUCAUCACACACCAGAGAACUCACACCGGAGAAAAACCUUAUAAAUGUCCUGAAUGUGGGGAAAGCUUCAGACAGAGUCCACACCUUAUCCGACAUCAGAGAAUCCACAGAAAUAAAGUCCCAGCUUUCUGA